AAGACUUGCUGCUCUCGUCUCUGUGCGUGUCAGUGGCUCCCAGGCUUCAGUGAUGAUUGGAAAUUACUCGUGAGACGUCUAGCCAAUCAGAUAGUGUUGUGGGUGGGACCCAGAGGGGAAGACACACCUGCAGUGACGCCAAAGUAGCCCUCUUUUCCACUCCUUAAAUUUGAUUGGCGAUAGCUACAACAAAACGUGCAUACACAUAAUCGGAGCGAAUGCUGAACGUCAGCCCCCAAUAAUCGUCCAGGGCGAUAAUCGGUCGACCACUACCCAACACACACAGCAUGAAAAACACGUGCAAAGACGUCACCAAGUUAUUCUAGAAAGUUAUUUUCAUUUCAAAUGCAAAAUUUUGGAUGUUAGCAAGAAUGCCACAAUAAAGUAAACAAUACAUGAGAAUAAAAAACAAAAACACAUUGUAAACAAUUCUGAUGAAAAUGAGGCCUAGAUUAAACAAAAAAAAAGUCUUUGUUGUUUUUUAAUCUAAAUUUCUGUUUUGGAAUCUCUCAGGUCAGGACAGCUCAACGGAUGUUUCUCAGGAUCUGUUUGGUCCAGGUAGUGUGGCGCUCAGUUCAGACCUUCAACCAGGCUUCGACUCAGAGACCCCUGAACUCAUGCUGGAGGACCCACAACCUGCCAUCACUCCCCCUCCGCCUCCCGUCACCUCCAGUCUUCAGAAAACUCCUCGCACUAGAGCCGUCCUUCCUCAUGUACACUUCCUGCAGUCUCUGUGCGCUCUGCACCGAGUGGAGGGGGACAGCAGAGGUCUGGAGUCGCUCUGGUUCUGCUCGGACGGGGACGCAGGGUCGGUGCUGGUGGACUCUGUGUGCUUGCUCCUUGACUCGGUGGUGUCGGCGUGCAGGGAUCCCCCUCCGCUGGGACCUGGCGACCUCGUCCUGCAGGGCUGCCAGGUGGCGGCUCGGGCCAUGGACCUGUUCUGCUCCCAGAGGCUGCCGUCUGCGGAGUUCAUUAGACGGGUGGAGGAGUCACUGAAGGAGCUGACGGUGAUGCUGCUGCACGGUCAUCAGAGCAGCCGGCUCCAGGCUGCAGAGAAGCUGAUGGAGUACCUGAUCACGCUGGGAAGCUGCAGCAUGUCAAAGUCCUUUCUCAUCCGUCACAUCCUCUCUGAAAUCAGCUCAGUGGCUGAUCAGCUCUGGCAGGCAUUCCAGGACCAGGAGAGCUCAGGGUUGGACAGGUUUCCAGUGGACCAGUAUCAGAACUCGUGCUUCCUGUUCAGGGUCGUGGAGGAGCUCCUGCUGAGGUUAAAGGUACCGUGUCGGGUGGAGGUGGGGUCGGAUCAGUCGGGCUUCCUGAGUCACUUGGAACAGCACGUCUUUCUGCUGUCCAACGAGUUUCCUUUGUUUUCCAUCUUCAUGUGGAGGAUAGGAGGUCUGCUCACCUCCUCGGACUCAUGAGAUCCCCUGAACAGGGACGCUACGUUGAGAUUUUUAAUACUUACACCGCAGGACGACCAAACAAUAGGUGAACUCAGCUGGCAAGGAUCUAAAACCACCAACACAGUGGAUAGAGGUGCUUGAAAGAAAAAGAAGGAAAACAUCAUAUUGAAAAUGAAUCAAACUUGGGUUGUAUUAUAUUUUAUUUAUUGACAAUAAAUACU